ACAUCACUAGCUUGCCAGCUUUUAGGCUUAACAGUGUCAAGUAGAUUUUGUUGAAGUGUGAUCAUGAAGGUCUUGGCUUUGGUGUUGACGCUGUGGACGGUGGACGCGUACCCUUACUAUCCGUAUUACGGCAAUGUUGAUACGGUGUCAUUUGGCGCAAGCGACAGCAGCCGCGGUGGCAUGGCCAUGAGCAAGUACUACAACCCGUACUACACGCAGCAGGCCGGCGGCGGUCUGGCCGCCUUCAUGUUCCGCCAGCCCGAAAAACAGCAGACCAGCCAGUACUACCUCCCCGACCGACAGCGCCAGACCCAGCCCGAGCUCACCUACCUCCCCCCUCAACAAAACGAAGUCUUCUACCCGCAACAGCCAGAAAAACCCGCCACGGAGCAAACCGAAAUCGCCGACCCGACCGAAAGAACAGAAUUUUCAACCACAGCUAAAACUAUUCCUGAAAUAGCCGAACCUGAGGUUGAAGAGGUCGAGGAACAGAAGCCUAGGAAAAGAGUGCAGAAGAGGAAACAAGUGAAACGACCUGUUGAAGAUGAUGAUGAUGAUGAUGACAAAUACGAUAUGCCAAGGAUGCCAGCUGCGGCAUUCUUCCCUAUGUUCUUCGGCUAUGGCGGGCGUUCCGGGUCGGGUGGCAUGCCAGGAGGAGCGACGGCUGUUGCCAAUGCUUACAGCACUGGCCGCGGCGGCGUUGCCAGUAGCCAUGCCACCGCGUACGGCGCGCCUAGGCCUGACAACCAAAAAUUAUAGGUUAGCGUAGAUUUCGAUAGCUAGGUAGCACUGGACAGUCAAAACGAGUAAGUUAUGUUUAAAGUUUAAACGUGUCGUAGGGUAGAGUCCAAGCGAUAGAGCUCAUUUUGAGUUCGAAACUAAGCAGUACCAGAAAAUGCUUAUUUUUACAUUUUCCUAUGUCCAAGACAUGUGAUUUAACAGACAACAACUUAAUUAAAACCUAGCAAACAAUGUAUUGAUUGUCUAGUAUUAUGUAGUCAUUUCUAUUCGUUGUUAUGAAUUUCACAGAUCUGUAAAACAUAUUGUUUUGAAAUAUCUUUUAUUUUAUGCCAUGUAGUACGUAAACAAAAUAAAUAUUAGAAUAAAG